GUCACCAAAACGUGCUCCCCUGCUCCAAACAUCACCUUCGUAAAGACGCACAAAACCGGAAGUUCAACAGUAGCUAAUAUACUGAUGCGCUAUGGCAUCGUCAACGAUUUGAAUUUUGCUCUUCCGAAUAAAAAAUGGAAUUCCCCCUUCUUCAACUACAUCUCCAGAGCGGGGGAAGUCAUGUCCAAGGAAUAUGUUUAUCCACUUCCGGAAGGGGAAGAGUACAACAUCCUCUUCAACCACGCCAUCUACAACAGGACGGCAUUCCGGAUGAUCAUGCCGGACAACGCGGUCUACAUCACCAUCUUAAGAGAACCGUUCCGGCAGUUUGUCUCAGCGUUCGAAUACUAUCGAAUACAUCACGAUAUGGUUAAAGUAGAACCUUUACUUUUAAACGCUUCAAAUCCAAUUUCAAUAUAUCUGGCUAACCCAAAUCGAUUCUUGGCAACCACCAAAUUGUUUUCUUAUACCAAAAAUAAACAAGCUGAAGAUUUAGGUUUUGGCAAAGAAGAGUUCUUCAGUUCAGAAAGUUUUCUAAAUUACUUAUCCUCGAUAGAAAACGAUUUUAAAUUAGUGAUGAUUCUAGAAUACUUCGAUGAAUCUCUUCUGCUGCUGAAGCACGAGCUGUGCUGGACGGUUCGGGACAUCCUCUACAUUCCACUGAACGCCAACAACAAAAAAACUGUGUGGAAUUUUACGGACGUAGACCACGAAAAUCACCGGAGAUUGAGUCAUUUAGACUACGCCCUGUACGAACAUUUCCUCAAAGUGUUCACACAGAAAUUAAAAUCUCAAGGUCCCGACUUUUUCCUGGAACUGUCCCAUUUCCAGAUGGUGUUGGCAAACGUUACAGAGAGCUGUGAGGUGGGGGCACGCUUGACGGUAUCCGGGACAGUAUGGAAUAAACCAUUCGUUGUUGACAGCCACGAAUGUGAUCUUCUGCGCAUGUCAGUUAUUUCCGGACUCGAG